AUGGUUAGUGUCGCAGCUCGACUAAAGAGACUGUAUGAAUCAUGGGAGGAUAACCCGGACAUUGGAUUUGUCUUGAUGAAGGGAAGCGGGAGGGCCUUCUGCUCUGGCGCAGAUGCUGUUAGCCUCUAUGAACUAGUUAAUGAAGGGGAUGUUGAUGAAUGUAAGAAGUUUUUUGAGACAUUGUAUAAGUUUGUAUAUAUUCAAGGAACGUACCUGAAGCCGCAUGUAGCUAUCAUGUAUGGUACCACCAUGGGAGCUGGGGCUGGAAUUGCAAUCCCAGGAAUGUUUUGGGUGGUGACUGAUAAAACUAUUUUUUCGAAUCCAGAGGCUCAGAUAGCUUUCCAUCCUGAUGCAGGGGCUUCCUUUUAUCUGUCUCGUCUACCUGGCUACCUAGGUAUCAUAUACUUUGUACAUUUGAGAGGAGAAUACUUGGCUCUUACAGGAGACAAGUUUAAUGGUUCACCCAAACUCUUCCUGCCAGAGAAUAAACGAAGCCUCCCUUUGAGUUUGAUAGUUUCUUUACUAUCGAUACGUGAGGGCAGAUUUCAACCUCUUGAUCAGUGUCUGGCUCGUGAAUAUCGUACAUCUCUUGCUGCAAUUUCCAACCUGGUCUCUAGUGAUUUCUCUGAGUGGAACCCUCGUAGUUUCAAAGAUGUGUCCAAAGACAUGGUUGAUUGCUAUUUCUCGCCACUUCCCGAAGUUGAGCCGGAGCCGGAGCUGCCGACAGCUAUGCGAGAGCCAUUUAUGCAAGAGACGGAUUCACCCAAAAAAUGA